GGCUCUUCCGGGCAGAGGCCGCGGGGCUGGCGUCGGAGUAGGUUGGUGUUCAGACCGCUGAUCGGCCGACCGACCAUGGUGCCAGGAGGGACUCGCGGGCCAACGCCGCGCUGCGGGCUGCCCCUCGCCGGCGGCGCGCUGUUCCUGCUGCUCAUCACAGCGGGCGCCGCGCAGGAACCGCCCGGAGCCGGUUGUUCUCAGAACACAAACAGAUCCUGUGAAGAGUGCCUGAAGAAUGUCUCUUGUCUGUGGUGCAACGCUAAUAAUGCAUGCUUGGACUACCCAGUCAGAAAAAUACUGCCCCCUGGCUCUCUGUGCAAGCUGAGCUCUGCACGCUGGGGCGUUUGCUGGGUGAACUUUGAGGCGUUGAUCAUUGCCAUGUCGGUCUUGGGGGGCACCGUCCUCCUGGGCAUCACUGUCUGCUGCUGCUGCUGCUGCCGGCGGAAGAGAAGUCAGAAGCCAGAUAAAGGUGACGAGCGGGCCAUGAGAGAGCAGGAAGAAAGGAGGGUCCGGCAGGAGGAGAGGAGAGCCGAGAUGAAGUCGAGACAUGACGAAAUCAGAAAAAAAUAUGGUUUGUUUAAAGAACAAAACCCGUAUGCGAAGUUUUAGGACAAGUGGAACAUGCGUUCGACAGAUCAGGCGGUCCCGGGCCCUGCAGGCGCGUGCUGCCCAGCACAGGCGGGGACCUGCUCCACCGGGGGCCAGCCUCCAGCAGGGCGCUGGGUGCUGCCCUGAAAGGACAAUCCUGCUCUUGCCCCUGCAGGCUAUUGCCUUCUGUCCCUCCCGCCUGUUUCUGUAUUUAGUUGCUCAAGACGUUAAUCUCGUUGGGCUCUUGCUGUUUUUCGUUCACUGUCGCCUGCCCGUCUCAGUUGUCAAGCUGAUUACCAAGUGAGCAACCUGACAGUCCAGAGGUGCUGGCAGAUCUGCUGCAGCAGCCCAGGUCCCACGGCCUCUCUCCACCAGCAGGCUUCACACAUGAUGGGGAAGGUCACUUUCACUUGUGUCGUGGGUGAGCUGACCAGUCCAUUGUCAUUUCCCAGAAAAAUCCAUGGGUGGCAUCUGUGUGCCCAUUUCUUUGAACCUUUGUACAUGUUAACUCAGGUAGCUUUCUGUUGAAAACAGUGUCCCUUACACAGUCUGAUAAGGAUUUAUUUCCUAACUGCAACUAUAUUGAAUAGCAUUAAAGAAUAGAAUAGUUUAAAUCUCCUUACUUUUUUUUUUUUUUUUUUUUUUUUUAAUAAAUUUUGGAUGCCCCACCAAGAGAUUUCCCCCCUCAUGUUUUCAUGUAAGAGUUCAGACUCCUCUGGGAUGACAUUUUUUAAUUUGCAUCUUUGAUAGAACUUGAGCGUCUUUCCCUGUGGAACAUGAAUGCCCACAGGUGGGAGUGGGUGCUCUGGUGCCCAACUCACCUUCCCUCCAACCCCACCAGCAGAUGGGCAGUCACAUGUCCUUGGAAAUACUCUCAUGAGCGUUGGACCUCUGCCUGCCUGUCAGGCUGUCUGUCUGGGGGUGGUCAUUUUGGGAUCAUGGGUCCUGGCAAGUCCGCCCCAAAAAGGGAGAAGUUCUGUGCGCAGGCCAGCCCCGCUGUGAGACCCAGUAUGCAGGAAGCCCGUGCGUUGGGCCUGUUAGAGGGCCCUCCACACACUGCCGCAGACGGGCUUGCCUGCCUUAGCGGGCCGCCUGUCCGGCUGCGCUUCAGCUCAGACUUCUGGAGGGUUUCUUUGAGGUGGUGUCUGUAAGCUCCUCAGGGAAGCUGCAGGUGCCCCAGGGUGUGCAUUUCUUUAAAAUCAAGACACGUGAGUAGUGAACAGACUGUUCUUAAUGACCGGACAGCUGGACACUUUUCCUAAAAGAUCCUAGACAAUACUCCCAGUUGCCAGGUUGCUUUGAUUCAAGAGAAUUCCCCCUGGUAACGUCGGUGGGCAGCCCCUGCAGCCAACUGUGCGUUCCUCCUCACUCCCCAUGGUGCUGUGGACUGGUGAUGGGCAGGUCACCUAGCAGCUGCACUGUGGAUUCUCACACACUAAGGAAAUGGCCCUUCACAAAUGCUUUAGUCUUAUUUUUCUGAUUUCUUGGGCAUUUGAUAGUAAUUUUUAAAGUUUUCUGAAACAUUCCUAAGUAUGUUAUAGCAGUUGUCAAUACUUGUUUAUUCAUAAAAGACACUUUCUAAUAGACUUCCAUGGACUUUGUAUUAACAUGAUAUUGUGUCUGUAAAAUCAGUUUGUUUCACGUAUGUUGCUGAGUUGAAAGCAAAGCGACCAGUUGUUAAAUACAGUGUAUUUGAGUCUCAGGUCAGGUGACUUGAGGCUGGUCUUGGUUGAAUUUUUCUCUGAACCGAGGCUAGGGGCAGCCACACGAGCUCGAGGAGACCACCACGUUCAGAGUGCCUUGCCUUAACAGUUUCCAAUAAAAUGGCUCCGUGCCUGCUUUUGUGCACCA